AUGAUCACCGUUAGAUUGGAUAAUUAUCUGGUUCAAACGCAAUUGGAAUUUGAGUUUGGCGUUCAUUUGAGAGUGACAGAGAAGCUCUCUUCUGUUGCCAUCUCUAUUACCAAUUGUGAGAAGAACGUUGUUGGUCUUUCUCUGUGGUUCAUGUCUCCUAACUUGGAUAGCCCAGUUCAGACCCAGAUGGCUGUAGCAGUGUUCAGAAGCCCACUUGGUAAUGGGGAGUACAAUGGAACCAACAGGAUGGAAGGGAAGCCAGCAGGAAGGAGACGUGUUUUUGUACAAACAGAGACGGGUUGCGUUUUGGGGAUGGAGUUGGACCGGAGUGACAAUGCACAUACUGUGAAGCGGAGGAUGCAGCUUGCACUUAACUUUCCAACCGAGGAGAGUUCUUUGACAUUUGGCGAUAUGGUGUUGAAGAAUGACCUCAGUGCCAUUCGAAAUGAUUCUCAUCUUCUUCUAACUCGCAACUUUAUGCAUAGAAGCUCGUCAACUCCCUGUCUCUCUCCUACUGCAAGGGACAUCCAACAGAGAGAUCAAAGUAGCCCAAUAGAGAUAUUGGGAAAGUCAACAUGUUAUGCCAAGAUGAAACAACUUGUUAAGGAAAUUGGUAAGGGGAUAAAGAAUGGAGUUGAUCCUCUCCCUGUUCAUAGUGGGCUUGGAGGAGCAUAUUAUUUCAGAAACAAAAGAGGUGUGAGUGUUGCCAUUGUGAAACCAACAGAUGAAGAACCUUUUGCACCAAACAAUCCGAAAGGUUUUGUUGGAAAAGCUCUUGGGCAACCUGGCUUAAAGCGUUCUGUGCGGGUUGGAGAAACGGGGUUCAGAGAAGUGGCUGCUUUUCUUCUUGACUAUGAUCAUUUUGCAAAUGUACCACCUACUGCAUUGGUGAAGAUCACUCACUCAAUCUUCAACGUCAAUGAUGGUGUGAAUGGAAACAAGCCUCAAAACAAGACGCAUGUUAGCAAGAUUGCUUCUUUUCAACAGUUCAUUCCACAUGAUUUUGAUGCCAGUGACCAUGGAACCUCAAGUUUCCCAGUUGCUGCUGUGCAUCGUAUUGGGAUACUAGACAUUAGGAUUCUUAACACGGAUAGGCAUGCAGGUAAUCUUUUAGUAAGGAAGCUCGACGGUGUUGGCAGGUUUGGUCAAGUGGAACUUAUACCUAUUGAUCAUGGCCUCUGCUUGCCAGAAUGUUUGGAAGAUCCAUAUUUUGAAUGGAUCCAUUGGCCUCAAGCAUCAAUCCCAUUUUCAGAUGACGAGCUUGAGUAUAUAAAAAAUCUUGAUCCUAUUACAGAUUCAGAGAUGCUGCGAAGUGAACUCCCCAUGAUUCGAGAGGCUUGUCUGCGAGUCCUGGUCUUAUGCACAAUUUUCCUCAAAGAAGCUGCUGUCAAUGGGCUGUGUCUUGCUGAGAUAGGUGAGAUGAUGAGUCGCGAGUUUCGCAGUGGUGAAGAGGAACCUAGUGAGCUUGAGGUUGUAUGCAUGGAAGCAAAAAGGCAGGUUGCAGAGGACAUGUCUCCCAAGGCUCGAGCUGAUGUUGAAGAGUUUCAAUUUGACAUAGAUUAUGAAGAUGGCAGGUCUGAUUUUACCCCCAAAAUGGCCUCUGAGGACUUCAUGGCAGGAACAUCCUUUCAUUUUGGAUUUGGAGGCGUUAAUGGCCGCACUGCCUUAUAUAAACUAGAGGAAAGCAUUGAAGAGGACGAGGAAGAGGAAAGUGAGAGAGAAGACGAGGAAAAGGAAUUCGUUGGAGUCCCAAUCCUUGAAAGGAUCCCUACCAUUUCAAACCUAUCCACGUCACUCAAACACACUAUCUUAGGUGAGAAGAACCAAAAGUUCCCAAAUUUUUCAGGAGCAAAGCCCGAUCAUGGCUAUCUUGCCGGUUCAUCAUCAGGCCACAGGAGUGCAAAUGAGCAGCUUCCUGCGAGUGUGAGCUUCGUGAAGCUAGCAGACAUGAACGAGGAAGAAUGGGCACUGUUUCUGGAGAAAUUCCAAGAGCUGCUUUACCCUGCAUUUGACAAGCGCAAGUCUGUCACCCUUGGCCAAAGGCAGAGGCAGAGGCUCAGGCUCGGGACUUCUUGCCAGUUUUGA